CUUUUCUGUAACAGAUGGACAAUAUUUCAAGGGGACUUUUGCACUGCACCCCAAAGAAUUUUUGAUACUGUCAUCCUAAGAAUUCUCCUUUGGAUUCUCCUGUUUACAUCAUGGAAGAAAACUGUCUCCCAGGCCUGCUCUUCAGAGACCAAGAUUUCUCGUCGGAUCUCCUAAAGCAGCUGAACAUCUUGAGACAAAACAGAAUCCUAACCGACGUCCUCCUGUGCACCAACGACAUUGAAAUUCCCUGCCACAAGAAUGUCCUUGUCUCAAGCAGCCCCUAUUUCAAGGCCAUGUUCUGUGACAACUUUAAGGAGAGCAUCCAGGAAAAAGUCAACCUCCAAGGAAUGGACUCCAGCAUUCUGCAUUCGAUUAUCCUUUAUGUCUACACGGGAGAGAUUCUCAUGACCCCCGAGAACAUCCUGAGUCUCAUGGAGACGGCAUCCAUGCUCCAGUACAUGAAACUCUUCGAAGCUUGUUCAGCUUAUCUCCAGGAUCAGCUGUCUCCAGAAAAUUGCCUCAGUCUCAGCAGGCUUUCUGAAAUCCUCCAUUGUCGGGAUCUUAAUCAGAAAGCGAAAGAGAUGGCUCUGAGGUAUUUCCCUGAAGUAGCCACUUCUGAAGAUCUGAAAGAACUUUGUGUGUUAGAGUUGAUAGACUACCUUGGGAAUGACGAGCUUUGCGGAGAGGAGGAACAGGUUUUUGAGGCUAUCAUGGUCUGGGUAAGGCAUGACCUUCAAGCACGACAAGGCUAUAUUCAAGACUUGUUCCAAAAGGUGAGGCUUCAGUAUGUCCACCCAACCUUCUUCUUCCGCUUCAUAGCCAACGACUCCCUCAUUCAGUCAUCCCCCGCCUGUCAAAAUAUCCUAGAACUUGCAAAUAAGCAGAUGUUCUCGCUGUAUAGUGUCAGUGCCCCUGACGUCAAACCCUUCUGGCAUGUUCCGCGGCGCUAUUCAUGUCGGGAAUUCCUCCUCUUAAUCGGCGGUCGCAAAGACAAUCAACAAACGACCAGGGACGUCUUGCUGUAUGAUGAGAAAACAAAUCAAUGGUUGAGGCUUGCCAAGUAUCCAACCCGUCUCUACAAGGCCUCGGCCGUCAGUCUGCACAGUAAUGUCUAUCUUCUGGGGGGAAUUCCUGUAGGUAAUGGGAGGAACCAAGCCAGUAAUAACGUUUACAUCUUCUCUCUCAAACUGAAUCAAUGGAGGCCGAUAGAGCCCAUGUUCAUGGCACGCUAUUCCCAUAGAAGUGUGGCCUACAAAAACUAUAUCUUUGCCAUCGGGGGCAUCGGCGUGAACCAGGAAAUCUUAAAUUCCAUGGAGAGGUACGACAGCAUCUACAACGUUUGGGAAGCCAUGGCGAAUAUUCCCACUGCGACGCUGCAUCCUGCUGUAGCUGCCAAAGACCAAAGAAUCUACCUGUUUGGGGGGGAAGACUUGAUGCAAAACCCAGUCAGGCUAAUACAGAAAUGUGAAACACAAUUCAGCUACCUCGAAGAUGCUGCAUCAGGCCACGAAAGAGACAAUAGUGAUGAAUGUGCCACACUCAUCCUGGCCUGCUUAUUCUGCCAGUUUUGGGAGUUUCUGUUCAUGUUGCCCGACGUCUGUGAAAACUGGCUGAUCGAUACCUGCUGCCCUUCCCAUAGAUACUACCAAACAUCAAGCGACACUUCCAACAACGGUGACUGCAGCUGCAACUGUGACCUUGAUUGCAGCAUCCUUGAGACUUGUCAGGAAAGCGGAGAAUGUCUUGAACUGGCUCUGGAAAUCUCACAAGUCUGUUAUCACUAG